CAGAUAUUUCGCUGAAUAGAAUUUGUCCGCGUUUUGGCUAUGUUCUUGCAAAGCUUUGCUCUUUCAGGAUUGCACGAGACCACUGUAGUUACAACAACAUAGAUCAUGCACCGAAACACGGCUUCGCCGGAUCGCGGCGCGUUAGGCUCAGGAUCGCACCCACCUCCACCAGUACCUUAGGUAUUACAGCAAAAUGAGGCUAACAUCAACCGUUUCAUCUGAAAAUGAACCCCGACCACACGAUUCGCAUGUAGUCGCUGAUGCUCGGUCAGCUACAGAAUCGGUGGCGCGCGGACGCGGACCCGGGACAACAUCCCCACCACCAAGAGCACCGGCGCAACCCCCGCCCCGGCGCCACCUCAACGUGUGGGUGCUGUGGUUUCUGGUCACGACCCUGCUGUCUAUCGGUGUGUUUGCGAUUCUGAUUUUUUUCGUCGCAGACCAACUGGAGCCGCACGACUUCGUUUUUGUGGUUUUCGUCUCUUGUGUGGAUCUGGUGAUGAUGGGAAUCAUGUUCUACAAAUUCUUCUUCGAGAAGGGGUCCGUGAAAGAAGGGGCUUUGUACGAACAGGAUGCUAGAGACGUCCUACCUGGCCAAGCUCAAGACCACACAGCUGCUUCUCACGACCUUUAUCCCGGAAUGAGGUCAGCAAGCACUGUUCAUGAUGAUGCAGAAUCACCAGAAGUAGACCAGGGAAACAAGAACAGCACGACAGCUGCCGGCGCAGGAGGAUCUUUCCUGGAAGCAGAAACAGCUAUGGAUAUGGUGCGUAGAAAUAGCGACGCGCACAAGCGGAUGAAUUCCGAGCAGCUAGUGCAAGCAGAUCAUACGGGCCAGCAGCCGUCUGGGUCUGCGGAGGUCGUAACAGCCGGCGAAGAAGAUCAUGCCCAUGAUGAAAAACCCUCCUGGCGAGAGAAGUACCUGAUUUUUUGCCAUUUGCUCCUACCGCUGGAGCUGUUCUACGUCUGCGUGUUUUCCUCUUCGUUGGCGCUGAUCGCUUUAGCGGUUUUUCUCCUGGUUGGCAUACACGCGCAAUGGUUUCAUCGUUCCAGGACAAAAAACAUUCCGUAUUUCCGGUUGGGCGAUAAACAGGAUGAGAAUAUUAUGCACCCGAGCCCGAGGAGCCAAGACCAAUCGCCAGAUAAUCCAUCUAGAUCCACAUCCACGAAGAGAGGUCCCUGUGUCAUGGACGAUUUUGGUGCGGCUAUCCCGGCGUGCAUGCGAGGGCCGGUUUUCGACCUCACGUCGUUUUUCGGAUCGAUUACCUUGCUUGGGAUUGGGGCCUACCGGAUCCUGGUGUAUGCAAAGGUCGUUUGACGAUGCUGGCAUAUCGGAAUCGCAAAGGCGUGUUUCCCUUGAUCUUGUGGUCUGCGACGUAAAUAGGCAGCAAAGUAGUAUCUCCAUCCAUUAGCGCCGUUCUAGUAUACUUAGUUCCAGUUGUAAUUUCGAGCUGUGCUUCUGAUGUGGCAAUUAAAAUUAUGUUUCAGUUGUGUACUAUGUUGAAAGUGUCACCUGCUGGGAAGUUUGUAUUCGCCGAUCACAGCAAAGUGUGCUGCAGCAGUUUCUACAAAUCGUGCUGUGGGUGCUUGUACUCAGCAGCGAACAUCCUACAGCGACGUAUUCACACAACGUCGGAAACACUACCCGAGCUAUUUACUUAAGUAUUGUGGACGUUUUGAUUGCAAAAGCGAUCGGAGUAUGCUUUUCUGCUCACUAAAGCGAUACGCUGACAUCAAUAU